CAGAGCUGUAGCCGCCUGCACGGGGUCGGUCGGUAUCAUUGUGUAUGUGCGCGCGUGGUGUCUGGUAUAUCCGUGAAGUCGAUUGUUCAGAUUCUGAGCUUUCACGAGGAGCACUUGAAGGCAGCUUGGGUGGGUCGGAACACACGAAAGACGAGAUCCGAUUCAGGGGACCAAUCCACCCGAACCAACCGGAUCCCGAGCCGACGUCCGGACCGCGGUCGCUGUGGUGUUUGUCUCCCCCUGCUGGCUGUCGGGAGGACGGAUCACAAUGCUCGCGCCAUGUUUGCGUCACGUUUCCAUGGUUGCGGUGUUGCGCAGGGAACGGACAGCGGAGCCGACGGAGGGAUGCCGGGGAGUAUUUUUGAACGAAUUGACGUAGUUUACUUUUUUUUUUUUGUAAGAGUGUCUUGAUCGUCACACUGUUCGGUGCUGUGGCGACAGAAAGGCAGAUUUAAGUCCUUGGACCGUGACGUGGCUUCGUUUGGCGAACGUGUAGCCAGGCGACCUGAAGGGUCACGUGAGUAUAAACCGUCGUAGGUAGCCAGACCUUCAUGAAGCAGACGCUCUACCUCUACGACAAUGAGAAUGGACAAAAGUGGAAAGAUGUGUCCGGAGCUGCAGACAGAGCCGGGGAGACGAGGCGCGCCGGUCAACCAGUGGGAGUCGGGCGAGUGCGACGCGGAGAGCCCGGCCCAGGAGAGAGCCCACCAACACCAGCUGCGCCACCGCGACCGCCACAGAUAUCCACUGCCUGUGAAGGAGAACCUGGAGAGCCUACAGCAGGGAGACGGAGAGGAGGGCGAUGAGACUGAAGAUCUCCACAUAUAUGAUAGCCUGGAGUUGGCAUCGAACCCCCGCGCCAAGAGGAGCCCUGCCCUCUUGCAAACGGAAUAUUUGGACACGCAAAUGGAUGAAGGAGAAGGAAGCCGGCUGCUCUCCGAUGACGCCUAUUCUGACCUGCGCCAUGACCCCAACUGGAGGACCGACCUGAAGAGAAACGGCCGCUUCCUCGAGAGUCCGCAGACGUCCGUCGAGGAAUUGGACCACGUCUCCGUAGAGGAAUACGCUCAGCCACACGGCGACAGACAGGGACGGGAAAUGAAGGGAGGAUACAGAUACAUUGCCGACGCAAUUCCACCUGUUGUGGUGACCCCAAAUGUGGCCGACGAGAAGUCCCAGAGGCCGCGUCGCCAUCACCCAGAAGAUGGUCAGACUCCCCGGUGUCACGGCCACGCUUUGCGCGAAGCUGACCUGUCAGGGGUUUCCACGAAAGAGGAAAUAGACGAAAGUUCACAGAUGAGAACCAGAGAGACGCGUGGGAACAGCUGCGACGGCACUGCUGACAACAUUAGCAGAUGCACACAGAAAACGAGCACGUCCGCACCGACGAGCUCAAGGGUUCCGCCGAACAAAAAGCAACAGCGACAGGAGGGCAUAGUGGAGCGCAACAAAAUAACCCUGGGACGGAACACGUCCAAACGUGGCUCCUACGUGAGGCGGCAUGCUCUCAAGCGGGACACGCCCCGCAAUGUGGAAGAGGUGCCCGAAACUCUGGAGGAGACGGCCCCCACAGGAGAUCAAGAGGACAGCUCAGACCCCGAACUGACGUUGCUCCACAAAACACAAGAGUUGCGGGUCACCCAGAUCAGCAUGGGGAAGAAUGCCGAGCGGAAAGAACACCCCGACCCCUCUGAACAAAAGCAGUCCCCUGCCGUGGCGGUCAAAGCUGAGCGGGGGGACUGUUGGAGCGUCCCGUCGGCACAAGCAGCCGCCGUGACCCCGCUUAAACCCCAGACGACGACUUCCUCGCAGCCUUCGCCCCCCGCCUUCCUUCACAACAGCCUCAACACUUCAUCGCACCGUCUGUCAUCAAUCCAGCAGAGGGGCCGGGACGCCGCCAUCGACUCGGCAUCCCUUCACGGUUAUCCUCACUGUAGGCCCGAGUCUGAAGUCCAACUUGCCUUGUUCACAGGGCAUCAAGAAAAAACAAGUCCUGGACAGUCCUCUCACAUGUCUCGGGAGGUGCCACAUGCACUGAGCAGCCCUGAGCAGUGGCAAAGGACAAGCGCAUUACAGUGGCAAUCGCCCUGUGGAGAAGAGGAGCCGAAUUGGAGUUUAGAUGAAGUCCUAUCCGAACCGUGUCCACAAAGCCUCCCCAGGUCUCCAGGCUCGUACACGGUUCUCCCGCCGAUAGUAGGGAAGCCACUGGCAGGAGAGGAGGCUGCGCCGAGCGCCGGUCAGACGGUGAACACAGCCGACCCCUCCGACAGCUACCUCGUUCAGAUGGAGAGACAGAGGCAGCUGCGGGCGAGAGCUGCCUACAAGGCAGACGAGCAGCGGAAGACGGAGCUGAAUCAGCGAGGUCUGCAUCCCCACUACGCUGCCAUUGAGAAGACAGCUGAGAAAAUGAAACGACAGAGGCUGUAUUCAAAUGUGAUCCGCGAGCAGAACAAACAGAUGAGUAGGAUUCCCUUUCUACCGGCCAAGGACCCGGAAGGCAGUGACAACAAAGUUCCCAGGAUGAAGGCCUUGGAAUAUGCCAAGACCAUAGCCAAACCCCCUGUCAAAUCUCAACCGAAACCGAGACAGAGGAGCCAGACAGAGGGCGUCGCCGAGCACGCCCCCCACUCGCGGGAUCUGGAUUCGACCGAGCUGACCAGACUCAAACUUCUGAGAAAGCGGCAUGAAGAGGAAAAGCAGGCCGUGGCACUCUUAGGGAGAGCGGAUGCCGUCUGAGGCAAGGUGCACGGACACUUACUUGGAACCCACGCUCUGAUAGAUGUGAUACCUUAGAGCUAAAUCUGCAGAAAUGAACUGUAUCUCCACUGGCUACCGCCGGCCUGGGGCAGCCUGUGUCUUCUUCUUUGCUGUGGUGUGCUGGGGGCAGGGGGGGGAACAAGCUGGUGAGGAAGGCCAGCCCUGUGGUGGGGAUGGAACUGAGGAUGAGAGGAAAGCUGAGAGCGAUCAUGGACGAGGCCUCUCAUCCCCAGCUCAGGAACGAGCUCCUGAGCUGGGGCAGCUCAGGAGCUCGUUCAGCCACGAGGAGGCUCCUUUGUGCCGCCAGCCGUCAGACUGCACAGCGCCACAGUCCGACUCUCUAUCCACUCUAUCAAACGCUCAACAAUCUAACUUUUAUUUUAAUUUUAUUUGAUAUAAUGCACGGCCACAUGAUUGUAUAUAGUAUGUGUUGUUGUAAAUAGUGUUUGUUAUUGGCAUGGCAUAGUAUUUGUAUUUUAUGUCGUUUACCUCAGAUUCUGUUUCUAGUCUACGUUAUCUGAUCACAUUUUCCCCUUGUGCUGCCGUGUCGACUCUGAAUU